CGUUUUCAACACUCAGCAAACAGUUUGUAAGCUGCCUGUCUUAACUCUUCUGACUGAGAUCUUUCCAUCAAAUACUUCAAAGCUCAUUAUUUCCGAGCUUCUACAUUGGAAAACAGUUCGGUUAAUUACACUGUUUAUCAUCUACUCUAUACAUAAUGGGUGCAAACUCAAGCACUGACCAGGGAUCAUCAAAUAGACUUGAUAUUUUAUUAAUAGGAAAAACUGGAAAUGGAAAAAGUACUACUGGUAACAGUAUACUAGAUAAACAUCCUGGACCUUUUAAACAAAGUUAUAAUAGUAAUUCAGAAACUCAAAAAACAGCUUAUGACUCUUGCUCAUUUAUGAAUUACGAAAUACAAGUGGUUGACUGCCCCGGUGUUAUGGAUACUGAAAAGACCACAACAGGUGGAAUAAACUUAGUACACGAAGCAUUAAAGAAAGCAAUGAUAACCAACCCUAUUGGUUAUCAUGCCUUUAUUGUUGUAGUGAAAUUUGCAACCCGUUUUACAGCCGAAGAUAGCUGCGCGAUCGGUAUGUUGAAAGGGAUUUUAGGAUAUGAUUUCCUAAAAAAUUAUGGUAUAAUUGUAAUGACGAAUGGCGAUACCUUUGAGCACGCAUGUGAGGAAGAUGAUACAUUAAAUCUUAGCACCUUUUGUAAGAGCCAAAAUGGUAAUUUUCAAGAACUUCUUCAAGAAUGCAACAGUAGAAUUGUUGUGUUCAAUAACCAAACAAAAAACGAAGAUACAAAGAACGAACAGAGAAAACAAUUGCUUGAACUAAUUUUAAGUUUGAAUAAUAAUGGAAAAAGAUACACAAAUAGCCAAUUUGAAAGCGCACAAAAGGAAUACGCCAAGCUAAUGGGCAGUGAAACUUCAGUUGUUGACAAAGAAGGUAUAAUUGAGCAGCGUUGUAUUUUAGACAAUAUUAGGAAAAGCGUAAAUAUACUAGAUCAAAUGGCAAAAAAUAAAAUUCUUCAAGACACAUUAAAAAGGGUUGAUCUCUUGCAAAACAGAAUAGCCAGGGGUGACAAAGGAGGAACAUUGGAACCUUUGCAAAAACAUUUAACCAAAACACGUAAUCUUGUUUGUACGCUAAUUAGUAGCUCUGGAUUAAAUGAGGAAGACACCAAAGAUCUAGAGGUCAUUGAGACAGAAUUUAAAGAACUUAAAAAGAAGUUGGACACAAGUUUUUUCAAAUCUAUCUCAUAUUAUAUCCAGAAAUGGUUUCCUUUUAAACUUAAGUAG